AUGUGUGAGCAGGGUCUUCGGCAGCUCUCCAGGCGGACCGUGAGCACUACGGCCCGCAGACAGCUUGAUAACACUGUGAAGGAAAAGCAAAAGCUCUUUCAGGAGGAUAACGGUAUGCCCAUUCAUCUGAAGGGCGGGUCAAAGGACGCUCUGCUCUACAGAGCCACAAUGACUCUCACUGUGUUUGGCAGCGCAUAUGUUGUCUACGAGCUGUUUACUGCUGCAAUGCCCAAGAAGGCAAAGUGA